AGUUGAAUGUUGUUACACGCACCUCGCUAUGAGAACAGAUCGGCCCAUAUUCAUUCACACCCACACUCACGAGAGAGAGAGAGAGAGAGAGAGAGAGGAAAGUUACGGUGGCGUCAACAGUAAGAGGGAGUAGUAGACCAUGUAUGCAAUUGCAAGGACGAAAGCGACGUUGUAGUUUUGGUUGCUAACUCAGUGGAGGCAUAGAUGGUGGAGUUGGAAAGAGAAGAGAAAUAGAGCCUCAAAUUUGCGUAUAUAAAUGAACCACAUUCACCUCAGAUUCUAAGCCUCACGAAAAUCCAACACAACCAGUUGGGAUUCUUGAAUUUGAGGUGAGUAUCUCCUGCAUUAUCUACUUACCCACAUCCAUUUUCUGCUAAUACAUACGCAUAUACAUACAUAUUCUGCAAAGCCCUCAACUCCACACACUUCUCCCUCUCACCUUAGUGAGAGAAACUCCAUAAAGGUGAAAUCUUGGUUACAUUCAGAUUUGGGGCUGUCGAGAUGACCAGUUGGGUUCUAUCAGAAUGUGGCUUAAGGCCACUUCCAAGAAUCUACCUCAGGCCAAGAACUGGUCAAUCUCUCUCCAAAUCCAACCCCUCAAAGCUGAGAAUCUCAAGAACAGAUUUUUCCAAUGAUUCCUCAUUCUGCUGUGUUGGUAGAGGGAGGAACUGGGGUUUGAAGGUGAGUGCCCCACUGAGAUUUCAGGAGGUGGAGAAGGAGGAGAAUGAGGAGAGAGAGAGUGUGGUAGUAAAUGGUGCUGAUGAAUUUGACCCUGGUGCACCACCCCCAUUCAAGCUGUCUGAUAUUAGGGCAGCCAUUCCUAAACAUUGUUGGGUUAAGAAUCCAUGGAGGUCUAUGAGCUAUGUUGUGAGAGAUGUUGCUGUGGUUUUUGGAUUGGCUGCAGUUGCAGCCUAUUUCAACAACUGGGCUGUCUGGCCUCUCUACUGGUUUGCUCAGGGAACUAUGUUUUGGGCUUUGUUUGUUCUUGGCCAUGAUUGUGGACAUGGGAGCUUUUCUAGUGAUCCAAAGUUGAAUAGUGUUGUUGGUCACCUGCUUCACUCUUCCAUCCUUGUUCCUUAUCAUGGAUGGAGAAUUAGUCACAGGACACACCAUCAGAACCAUGGACAUGUUGAGAAUGAUGAAUCCUGGCAUCCAUUAUCUGAGAAGAUAUACAAGCAAUUGGAUUUUGUGACCAAGAAGUUGAGGUUCACAUUGCCUUUCCCUAUGCUGGCUUAUCCCAUCUAUCUGUGGGGCAGAAGUCCUGGGAAGAAAGGCUCUCAUUUCCAUCCAGACAGCGAUUUGUUCGUCCCAAACGAGAGGAAGGAUGUUAUUACCUCGACAGUUUGUUGGACAGCAAUGGUUGCAAUUCUUGCAGGGCUAUCUUUCCUUAUGGGUCCUCUUCAAGUGCUCAAACUCUAUGGCGUACCUUACUUCGGAUUUGUGGCGUGGCUCGAUCUAGUUACCUACCUCCAUCACCACGGCCAUGAGGAGAAGCUUCCUUGGUACCGAGGAAAGGAAUGGAGUUACCUGAGAGGGGGGCUCACGACACUUGAUCGUGAUUAUGGAUGGAUAAACAACAUCCACCACGACAUAGGGACACACGUUAUACAUCACCUCUUCCCCCAAAUCCCACACUACCAUUUGAUAGAAGCAACUGCAGCAGUUAAGCCAGUGCUAGGUAAAUAUUACAAGGAGCCUCAGAAAUCAGGCCCUCUCCCAUUAUACUUGCUGGGAGUCCUCCUAAAGAGCAUGAAAAAGGAUCAUUAUGUGAGUGACACGGGCGAUAUAGUGUACUACCAGACCGAUCCUGAACUGAACUGAACCGCAAGAAUCAUAAGUGUCUGAACGUGUCUAUCAAUAUAUCUCUAACAAAUCGAUAUAUUUGAGGCGUGGAGGCUGCUGAGCUCGGAUUUAGCUCUUGAAGCCACUAAGAGUCGUCUUCUAGCUGCAGAAUCGAUUUUUUCCCCUCCGGUGAUGGAGAGGCAUAUAAUUAUUACAGAUUAUAGGAGAUUGAUGUGUAUUUCUACAAGGAUGUAAUGAGGGAAAGUCUCAAUAAGUUGGGUGGUUUUACUUAUUUGUUGAUGCAUUGUUAUUGUAGUAGUGCUCUGUUUCCGUGUAAGCUAGUGUAUGCCAUAUGAAUACAAUGAAAUACUUGUACAAGUAAUGGGAUUCAUAUGGAAUAAAAUUGAAUGUGACAUGUAACUGAGAA